UCGGAUCUGUUACCAAGCUAAUUGAUGGUGUCUCACACAGUUCAGGCUUCACUCUGAAUAAAGCUGGGACAGUGACAGGCAGAGAGGAGAGGAGUGCCAAUGCUUGCCCAGAUGGUCUGAGAAUGGUGAACUCAAGUUGCCUAUAGGAAUGGCUACAAAGCCCACACCUGGAAAUCUCCCCUCCCUGCUCCUCCACGGCAGGUUGCACUUGGGAGACUCUAUGAUCAUUAGAGGAGAGAGUCAGCAGUGAGCCACUCACCCGCUCGCCCGCCGGCACUGGGUAGAAAGCAGCAGGAUGGAUGUGGUCGACAGCCUUCUUAUGAAUGGGAGUAACAUCACUCCCCCCUGUGAACUCGGGCUGGAAAAUGAGACGCUUUUCUGCCUGGAUCGACCUCAGCCUUCAAAAGAGUGGCAGUCUGCAGUGCAGAUUCUGCUGUACUCCUUGAUAUUCCUCCUCAGUGUGCUGGGGAACACGCUGGUCAUAACGGUGCUGAUUCGAAACAAGAGGAUGCGGACGGUCACCAACAUCUUCCUGCUGUCCCUAGCUGUCAGCGACCUCAUGCUUUGCCUCUUUUGCAUGCCGUUCAACCUCAUCCCCAACCUGCUCAAGGAUUUCAUCUUUGGAAGUGCUGUGUGCAAGACCACCACCUACUUCAUGGGCACUUCCGUGAGUGUUUCCACUUUCAACCUGGUAGCCAUCUCUCUGGAGAGAUACGGAGCCAUCUGCAGACCCCUACAAUCCCGAGUCUGGCAAACAAAGUCCCAUGCUUUGAAGGUCAUCGCUGCCACCUGGUGCCUCUCCUUUACCAUCAUGACUCCGUACCCCAUUUACAGCAACUUGGUGCCUUUUACUAAAAAUAAUAACCAGACGGCGAACAUGUGCCGCUUCCUGUUGCCAAGUGACGCCAUGCAGCAGUUCUGGCAAACAUUCCUGUUACUCAUCCUCUUUCUUAUCCCCGGGAUUGUGAUGGUGGUGGCCUACGGAUUGAUCUCUCUGGAACUCUACCAAGGAAUCAAAUUUGAUGCCAGCCAGAAGAAAUCUGCUAAAGAGAAGAGGCUGAGCGGCGGCGGUGGUGGCGGCAGCGGUGGUGGCAGCGGUGGUGGCGGUGGUGGCGGUGUUAGCCGCCGAUAUGAAGACAGUGAUGGCUGUUACUUGCAGAAGUCCCGGCCGCCGAGGAAGCUGGAGCUGCAGCAGCUGUCUACCAGCAGCAGUGGUGGCAGAGUCAACCGGAUCAGGAGCAGCAGUUCUGCUGCCAACCUGAUAGCCAAGAAACGCGUGAUCCGCAUGCUCAUGGUCAUCGUGGUCCUCUUCUUCCUCUGCUGGAUGCCCAUCUUCAGUGCCAAUGCCUGGCGGGCGUAUGACACGGCUUCUGCCGAGAAACACCUCUCAGGGACCCCCAUCUCCUUCAUCCUCCUCCUCUCCUACACCUCCUCCUGCGUUAACCCCAUCAUCUAUUGCUUCAUGAACAAACGCUUCCGCCUGGGCUUCAUGGCUACCUUCCCUUGUUGCCCGAAUCCUGGUCCCGCAGGGGUGAGAGGAGAGGCAGGGGAGGAGGAGGACGGGAGGACCAUAAGGGCAUCACUGUCCAGAUAUUCCUACAGCCACAUGAGCACCUCUGCCCCGCCCCCCUGAGGUGUACCUGGCCCACUGCAGCAGCAGCAAGGAGGAAGGGGAAGCGGGAGGGAAGGAGAAGGAAGACCCGUUUCUCAUGAGGACUCUUCAAUGUCUGCUCUUCACCCUUCACAAAGUUCCAGAAGGGACUCAAGGCUGGGGGGGGGGCAUGAAAAUGCUAAGACACCUUCCAUAAUGUUUGUCAUGGGGGAAACCUUAGCAGGCCAGUGGUAGGAGCCCCCCCUCGACAUGCUACAAAUGUCUCUGCCAAGUCCAUGUUCAAAAUGGAGGUGUAGGCUUUGAUGAGCUUUAGAAUUUUCUGGAACACCCCAGGUGACGUCUCUCCAUAGUAACACACUGCUCUGCUCUGCUCUGUUUUUUUCUGCUCCUGCGGAAUUACGGUACUCCCCAGGGAACCCAUGCCGACUUCUCACACAUACGACACCCACACACCUUCUCGUGGCCACCAAGGACAUGUGAAGCACACACACCUCCUCUGGCCACUUCUAGAUAUGGGAGUAGUCUGACAAUUUUUUAAGCCUGAAGUUGGCCAAGUACACUCAGGCGCGUAAAUUGAGGUCAUCGUCUGAAAAACAAGGAGAAUGUAUCUAAAAGACAGGUUUUAGAAUUUUUAUUUCUACAAAGGAAAGAGUGUCAAGACCAGUAGCCAGAACUGCUUUCUGUCAGCAAUGUCAAGCUACAGAAGGGAGGAUGAUCUGUACAGUGUAAUCUCUCCUCUGUAUCUAACCCUCACCACUGGGUUUUUUUUUUUUAACCUGAACUUAAUUUCUUAUGUUCACCUGUAUUUCCUCCUUUCUAGAAACACCUCCAGGUAAGAAGGGAGGUGGUCAUACCUGGGCAAGGCUGACAUCAUGUGCUGUCAAUUCCCAAGGAAAACUGGCAUGCUGGGACUCAGUUAAUAAGUAGCUUUGAACGCCAAAACUAUGUAUACUUUUAAAUACCAUCGAUGUAGCUCUUGUUAAUUGGCUCAGUGUUUGUGUGAGAGAGUGUGUGUGUGUCUGUCUGUAUGUGUGUGUAAACUGAACAUAUGGCUACAUUAUCUGUGUGUUAAUAACUUAUAAGUGGAUAUUGGAACUCAACAAGUGUUAUCAUUCUUCCAUGAAAGUCAGAGUAUUGUAUGAGCUUCAUUUCUUUGCAACAUUGGAAUUCUAAGAACUUGAAAUAGAAAUAAAUAAGAAAUAGAAAUAAAUUACACAAUGAAA